AUGUCAAUGAUGGAUGUUAAAAGAGCCUUAUGCCUUUUUAUGGGGUGGCUCGAUAAUAAUUUGCCUACUUUUGAUGAUGACACGGAUAGGCAUCUUCGAAGAGAGCGUAUUAUGGAAUGUACAAAAUUAUGUUUUUUCCUCACUAGUGGUUUGAUAUUGGUGGCGUUGCCGCUGUGGAAUACUUUGAGUCUUACCAGUGGGUUUUUCCGUGUGACACAUUUCUUCAAGCACACCGUCUUCAAAAACCACUCGAGAAUCCAUUCAUGGCGUAUAUGGCACAAUACAUCUCUACAACAACUCGUAUUUUGGUCGGUCUUCGUAGGGAUCUGCACCUUUGCCGGUGCAGGUAGAGAUUUAAUUCAAAUAACAAAGAGAAUGGGUAGACUUUCGGUUGCGUUGAUGCCACCAUUGUUGUUUUUGACUCUAAGACCUUCCCCUUUACCGGAAACACUGUAUUUGAGUUUAGUCCCCAUACACAGGUGGAUGUCAAGAGUCGUGGUGGUGGAAUCGCUUUUGCACACUAUCCUAUAUCUUUGGUUCAUGUAUUUGAAGGGCUCGCUGAUAAAAGUCUUCAAGCCUGCUAAUUUUUCCGGGGUUAUUGCUAUGGUAUUAUUUGUACUCAUUGGAGUGACGUCGGUGAGCAAAAUGAGAAGGUGGAAUUUCCAAGUGUUCUAUUACGUUCACUACUUGAGUACUUGGGCUACAGUGAUUCUACUUCAUUACCAUGCAAGACCGUCCAUUCCAUCUUACACGUUUUUGAACGUGGCCAUUCUAGUGUGGCAGAUCAUUUACCGUAUUUCACAUACCAAGAUUACUACCAUUACAGCGGUCCCCAUUUCACCUUCUUUGACACUGGUAGAAUUCCCAAAAGAUGAUUUGAGUUCAAAACCAAUUUUACCAUCGGGUCAUGUCCGUCUAAGUCAGCAACACAGUAGUUGGUUAAAAUGGUUAUUUCACCAAUUGGCGCCUUUGCAACAUCCUUAUACCAUCGCAAGUUUACCUACAGACGACACUGUUAAACUGAUUGUUAGAAACUCUAAUUUCCCUCUGAUUUCCAACACUGCGUACAGAGUUACCGGAGCGUUUGAACCCAAGCUAAAUUUCAUGUCUAAAGUUAAGCUGGGUCAAAUUUUAAGGACUACAAGUUCUUCUGGCAACUUGAACUCUGCGUCACUUUUGCAUUCGCCUUUGUCUUACAACAUACACGCCCGCAGGGCUCUCAUAUGUGUCGGUGGAUCGGCGAUUUCGUUUGCAUUGCCGCUGUUGAGAAUCUUAAAUUUCAAUGGUGUCACCGUUAAACUGAUUUGGGUCUCUAAGGAUUACAGGGAUUUAAAGGUUUUAAACCAUUUUAAGCACAACUUCGAAGGUAUGGAGAUCUAUGUUUCUGGUGCCUCUGGAAGUGAACAGGACAUUCAAAUCGAUUAUGUGGAUUCCUAUCCCGAUUCAGAUGAUGCCUCGGUAGCUUCUAGUCUUGGUGAAGAGGGUCAAGGUUACAAUGAAAGAACACCGCUGACCUGGGGUACUCCAAAUCACAAUACUUUGAGCACCAAGAGUCAUCUCUCCUUAGUUGAUGGUACUAACAAAACUAAAAACUAUGGAUCUACUGCAAACACUGGUAGCAGCAACAAUAUCAGUAAUAAGACUGCUAUGGGUGAAAUCGACCCUAAUGAUGAGAUUGAUUUUACAGAGAUAUUCUCAUUGGGAAAUGCAAAAUCGAUUUUAAGUAACCGUGCACAAGUUCAGCGUCUUAAUGCUAAUUCGCCAACACCGGCACCUAUUUCGGAUCAUGAAUUGUUCAGGAAACCUUCAUUGAUCGAAGCGCCAACUGGUUUGGAAGGUAAUGAAGUUGAUGAGGAGUCUCGCUUAAUUUCAGACAACGAUAAGGUUCUAAGAAUUCCAUCGGGUAUUAAAGUUUUCUUUGGUAGACCAAGUCUUGGUGAGAAAGAUUAUUUAUGGUGUAUGGAAAGGGAAUGUGCCUACGAUGAACGAGCCGAUGAUGGUUGUGAAAUUUACAACGGUGGUAAUACCCAUACUCAUGAUCUUUCAGAUAUAGUUGUAAUGGCAGCUGGUCCUGUGGGUCUUGUGGAAAGUACAAGACGGUUUGCAACUGACUAUGGUUUGAAUUUCCACGCGGAAUGCUAUACAGUUUGA